GUAUUGUAGUAACGUUUGUUGAAAAAGGCGAUUCAGCCAGAGGGAGAGGGCAAGCCGGAUGGUGCACUCAUAGAAGAGCAUUCGUAUUUGAAAACAGCAAUCUGCUGCUGCUGCUGCGGCUGUCCGCUGCCGGGAUUCGCUUUCUGUUGGUUGGUCGCUAGUUUGUAAUCGGUAAGUCUUUGCUAUUACCUCUACUAGUGCUACUGCUACGGCGGCUGUGGUGGCGGCACGAGGAAAUGGCGGUCUGUUAAAGCGGACGGACGGACAGUCGGUGGGUCGCUACUAUUGUCGGCGGCAGCAGCUGAGCGGAGAGAAGAGGAGCGAAGCUCUGGCUGAAAGGAAAGCAGGGCGGCAGAACGAGCCGCAACAGUGAGCCCUGCAGGAUAACGGCGACAAGAGGUAGACAGACAGACGCUCAUUAGUGCAUGAUACAGAUGAGCAACGCAGGGACCACAAACACUUGUCGUGUGUUCAGGUCCGUCUGUUGUAGCUAGCCUGUCGUCACCUGCUGUCGUUGCCUGUGGAGUGCGGGGUGAAUGCCCAGAGCCGUUGAGUGCUUCGCGCACAGUCGUGCUAGUGAGUCACAAAACACGGAGUUUCUGAUCUCCUGCUGGUGCAGCUGCUGCCAGCCAAUAUGCUGCGGAUGCAUCAACAUUGCUAUCUUCGAAUAAGGGGCAAACACCAACAAACGUCAGAUGCAAUGGCCUGACUGGCGUGAACAACAAAGAAGAGGCAGUGUGGCUUGCCCACCCUCUUACUUCGCUAUUUGUUCUCAGUGUUCUCAUGUGUUCCUUCAUGAUCAGAGUUUAUCAAUGAAAUUAAUUAAAUUCAGUGUGGCGGUAUUAACUAGUCCAAUGUAAUAGCUGGUUAAGGCUUGAGUAGGAGUGAACUGCCGGUUCGAUUAGUACCCGUGGAAUUAUAUUAUUAUUGAUACGUGCUGGUUCGAUUGAGUGAGCUACUGGGGCUCUGAGUGCUGUCUGCUCGGCUGCACCAUGAAUGAGUACCAAUGGAAGGUAUGGUAGUUGGAGCGUGCGAGAUCAAACGAAUAGAAUGAACGCGUCAAGGAUCCGCACUGCCUCCGCUGUGAAAUGGGCGUACUCGCUAGUGGACUCAAGUCGGGUAUCAACGUUCCUAAUUUCCAUCUUAUUAAUAGUAUAUGGCAGCUUCAGGUCACUCAAUAUGGAACAGGAAGCCAAGUUAAAAGAAAAGGAAGCACGAAGUACGUUACUUCGAGAUGGCGAAAAAAGUCCUCAAGACACAAACAAUGUGCAGACGUUGGACACAAUGCAGGCGUUGUGCCUUCCUCUUGGGGCAUCUGUUUCUCUGCUCGUGAUGUUUUUUUUCUUUGAUUCGAUGCAAAUGCUGUUUGCGGUGGCUACCGCAGUUGUAGCAACUGUGGCCCUCGCUUUUCUGCUUUUGCCCAUGUGCCAGUAUAUCAUGCGGCCGUGUUCCAACGGACAAAAAAUUUCUUUCGGCGUCUGUGGGCGGUUCACGGCAGCAGAACUUGCUUCGUUUGCGUUAUCGCUAGCUAUCGUCUGUGUGUGGGUGCUAACAGGGCAUUGGCUUUUAAUGGACGCAAUGGGUAUGGGACUCUGCGUUGCUUUUAUUGCGUUUGUACGAUUGCCGUCGCUUAAAGUUUCUACGUUACUACUUACAGGUCUACUAAUUUACGACGUAUUCUGGGUGUUUUUCUCGUCAUAUAUAUUCAACGCUAAUGUAAUGGUGAAAGUGGCAACCCGCCCUGCAGACAAUCCCGUAGGCGCAAUAUCUCGGAAGCUGCACAUUACUGCACAAAAUGAAGGACCCAAACUAUCCUUGCCAGGAAAGCUUGUAUUUCCAUCAGUGCACCAACAAGGACACUUUUCUAUGCUUGGUCUUGGAGAUAUUGUCAUGCCCGGUCUGUUGUUAUGUUUCGUGUUACGUUACGAUGCGUAUAAGAAGGCACAGUUGUUAAGCUCAAUCGAAACGGGAACAUUACCGCCCGGGUCACUGCCAGGGACUUUGCCACCUCCUCCCUUGCCACUAUCCCUGUAUCGCAUUUCGUAUUUCCAUUGCUCAUUAAUCGGUUAUUUCCUUGGCCUACUAACAGCGACCGUUAGUUCCGAGGUAUUUAAAGCAGCACAGCCCGCGCUUCUAUAUCUCGUGCCGUUUACGCUACUGCCUCUGCUUCUAAUGGCAUACCUUAAGGGUGACCUCCGACGAAUGUGGAGCGAACCUUUCCACUCAGCACCAAUUGUCCGGCAUCUAGAUGUGUAGCUAACUUUUUGAUGAAUACCGUCGCUAGUGGUGCCGCACUGCUUGACGCUCGGUGGUGACAUCUCCCCUUACCUGUGUACAUAUUCUCUAUAUAAGCCCUGCCUCCCAAUUGUACAUAUUAUAUAGAAAUAUAAAUAGCAGCAGUAAACCAACAACUGACUAUAUAAUUAUAUAUAGUGAUAAGAACGGAGUGAAGCAUGCCUAAAGUCGAAGAAGAGGAUACGAAUGAUAGCAGAACAUGCCAGACUGUGUAUGUAUAUUAGUGUACCAGAUGAGCGGGAUAAGUGUGAAGGUGACCAAGUUUAGUAAUUUAAAAGAUAAGAACUAACAAUUUAAUUUAAGUGUUUUUGUGGUAAUUACUGGCGGAUUUGUUUCUAUUGAGAGAUAUUGAGAAUAGAUUCAGGUUAUGAUCGAUAGAAGUAGCUAUAUAUUCAUAUGAAGCAACUACUGUUUGGGAAAGUAAUAAUUGGAAUGCAGCUUCCAAAGAACUCUUUUCAUCUGUGAGACCUUUAAGGAUCGCGAGAAGGAGCGGAGCGAAGAUACAAAUGCAGAGACUGAGAAAGAGAGAGCAGAGAUACAAAUAAGAUCUGCGUGAGUCGAAUGAUUCAAUUGGCCGGAACGGUCGGUCGUCGUGAGACGGAGUUUUUUUUUACAGAUUUCGAUAUAAGCUCAACAAAAAUCACUAGUUGACUAGUAGUUUCGAGUAAAUUGAGCGUCACAACGUUGUAACUCUGACGCUUCCUACUACUGAUUGUUUGCAUGAGUGCGAUUGCAUACUAUUUUGCAACUUGCCCUUUUUCCUAUAAGAAUGUUAUUUGAGCUUCAUCAUACUUACAUGCAGCAAACAAAAUAUUGCCCAAAUAUAGAAAAUUAUAUUUCAAACAAUACGAUGCGUAUUUGGCACAGUUAACUGAGUUCUUGUGCAUUGCGUGCCAUGUUUACUGCACACAAGAGAAACAAUUCUCUUGCAAUACGCUCCGUCUAAGGGACUCUUCAAAUUAGGUUCCUAAUUUAGUAAAUGUAUUUCGGCUGAGACUGCUAAAACAUUCUUGACUACACAAUGCGUGUCACACAGUCCUCUUGUGAAUACUCAUUACUAAUACCAAUUUAAAUGCUUUUCGCUUUUAUUUCUCAAAGUGUCCUUGCGACCAUGUUGAUGCACUAUAUCAUUAGAAAUUAUUGUUGAGCCCCUUGUAGACAUUGUAAAAGGUCGGCGGUUUUAAAAAUUUAGGCGAUUUGACAGGCAGGCUGAAGACGUUUACGUUUGCACCUUAAUUCUCGAUUACCUGAAACAACGAAGUGGCAAACUAGAAUGCAUAUUACUGAAGGUGCAGGCACUAACCGUUUUUGUUAAGCAAGAGCAUCGAAUCGCUCAAUAAUUAAAGUUGAGAUUACCUGCAGCAAUAUUGAUGAAAGCUACGUUGAGAUGAUGAGAUCGGAGACGCAAAACCCACCCCAAAUGGGAACAGCACAAAAACACAAUUGGUAAUUCGAAAUAAUGUUUGCUACUAGUGCACUACGCAGGCGAUUGGAGUCAUGCGUGAGUCGCCAGGAGAAUCAUGCGGCACUACUUACGGUCUUUCUCUCUGUUUCUGCGUGAUCACUCUGUAUCUGUCUCUACCUCGUGUAUUUUCUUGCCCGAACCCUCAUCUCUUGCCUGAUGUUGUUCAUUCAAAUACGUGCGAUACAUGCUUCGGGGCCGGAACCCAUUUUUGUAUAUAUUUAGCACGAAUUCUCAAGAAAGAUGAAAUAAAUGGGGAAAAGUUUUCAUGACAAGGGUAGGUCAACUAUGGUCACAUCUUUUGCGGGAGGCAAGUAGGCAUUACUAUUCUACAAAAAAAAAAACAAUACAUUGUGAAGAAAAUGAUUAAAGAGGAUAUCAUCGGCAAAUAUGGAAUUGUAAAUUAUAUAAUUCCCGGUGAUUUCGCUGGACGAUAUUGUCAACUCAGUGAGGAAAUAAAAAUCGAAAC